AUGGCUGGCAAUUCUCUGGCCCUCGACGGUCCCGUUGUUCCCUCUUUUCUCUACGGCUGUGCAGAGAAGCCCGACCCUUCGGUCAUCCUAGCCGCUCUCAAUGCAGGCUACCGUGGGAUAGACAGCGCCUGUCAGCCUCAAUUCUACGACGAAAAAGCUAUUGGCCAAGCGAUUGCCUCAGCACUGUCUCCUGUAUCUGGAGGGGGACUGGGCUUGAAGCGUAGGGGCUUGUUUGUUCAAACGAAAUUUACGACUCCUGCAGGGCACAAGCCUCACCUGGCGCCUUACCUUGGCGAGGACCUCCCAGAGGUCAAGGUUCGAAAAAGCCUUGACAUGAGCCUGGCAAAGUUGGGAGUCGAUUACGUCGACUGCUUACUCCUUCAUGGGCCAAUGCCAACACUUGGAGAGACGCUUGAGAUAUGGGCCGGAAUGGAAUCUGUCUGUGACAAAGUUCUCAGUCUAGGACUUUCGAAUGUCUCGCUUGAGCAACUCGAGGCUGUGUACAAUCAUGCAACAAUCAAGCCAGCCAUCGUGCAAAAUCGUUUCUGGUACCACAACCACUUCGACUCGGCUGUGAGGUCAUUCUGUGCGGAAAACAACAUCGUGUACCAGGCAUUUUGGGUCCUGACUGGGAAUCCGCAGCUUCUAGACUCCAAUUUCGUGGGAUGGCUCGCAGAGAGAGUGGGGGCGUCAAGAGAGGAUACACUCUUCAGCCUUGUUCUGUCUCUAGGCCAGGACGGGCCGCAGGUUUCAGUGUUGAAUGGCACAACUAACCCAGAAAGGAUGCUCCGCAGCCUCGAGGUGGUGCGGAGGAUGGGAGAAGUACCGGAGUUUGUUAGACAAGGGUUUGUAGAUGAGCUGGAUUCACUGGCCAAACGACUGAAGAACACGAGUACGGCUUGA